AGAAGGUUUUCAUUUUUGCUGUUUCGCGGGAGUUAGGUUAAACCCUGCAACCCAACAUCCCGUAGGUUAAAUCCUGCAACCCAACAUCCCCUAAGUCGCUCGGCUGAUUCGAUCGACCGCUCAAGUGACAGGGCUCGGCCGGAUAUCUCGCCAUCUAUCUCGAAGCCAGUAGUCAGGCUCCCAUUCCCCUCCCCUCCUCGUUCGUAUAACUGUCUUCUAAUUAGAAGGCUUAGAUGGGCGGUAAGGGCCGACGGCGGCGUGAGAAGAACUAUCUGGCUGCUCAUGGUGGUGAUAAACGCCUUCCACCCCCGCCUACCGCUAAAGAACUUGAAGCACUUCCCUCGAAACUCCGCAAGAUCAUGGAGUUCAAGAACUCUUCUGGGUCAAAGCAUGGAGAUACGAUAAGUUCUGCGGAAACCAGACAAGGGAAGAGGAAGGAUGAAUCUUCCGGUAAAAAGAAGCCAAAUCUAAACGUAUCACGAUCAACAGCAUCCAAUUUAAUACUGGGAGACCAUACAAAUGAUAAAACAGAAAAUAAUCUUGUUAUGGACAAAAAUGGAAGUGCAGAAGUUAGCUCGGCUGAUACGAGGAAAAGAAAACGAAAGAGAAAUUCAGCGAAAGACCUCCGUUUUGAGGCUUUGGAUCAGCUUGGAAAACAUUCAAAGAGGAAAGAACGCAAGAAAGAAUACCUAAAAGAGAGAAAAAAUAAACACAAAAAAGUAAAGGCGAAUCAUGCACUGGACUUUCCAGGACGAGAAAAUAUCAGAUUUGGUGAAGUUGUUGAGGCUCCACCUAAGCUUUCAUUACCAAAGAUGUCAAAAACUUUAACAGUGGAUGCUUCGAAAGAAAGGCUAAGACAGCAAGCGGUGGAAUUAUACAGGAAGCGGAGAGGAUGGGAGUCCAGGCCUGGACUUAAACUUCCGUUGUAGAAACCACUCAUUUAUGACUGGUAAAUGCUUUCCAGAAUUUUUGUGAUUUUUUCAUGUUCUCUUUUAAAAGAAAAUAAGUUAAUACAGGUAAAAUUUUUUCCCAGAAUUUUAUUAUUUUGUUUUUGUUCUCUAUCUGUUUGUAUGCGACUUUGCAUGUUUGUAAGAACUUUGGAAUUUUUACUUGUGCUCGUUAGGUUUUCUUUGGUCAAGGGCUGUAACGGUUCCAUAAGAAGUUGUAUUUCUCUGGUUUUCAGUUAAAAUUUGCUCCUUUUCAUAG